AUGAUUUCCGAGCGAUCACCGCUACUUGAAAAUGGGUGAGUUUAUCUUGAGAAUAGCAACUAAAAAUCUCGCCCUUCGUUUUUUGUUCUUCUUCUUCUUUUUCUUUUUUUUUCUUCGUGUAAUAUUUACUUUGAGAUGUGGAUGUGGAGCAGCUCGCGCGCGCGCAAUGAAAAAAAAUGAAUGAAUAGAUGAAAUGAGGUCGACUCCGAAAUAUCACACAGUUUCUUUUUUGUGCUUUGUGAAAAUAAAAUAAAAUAAGAGAGCUAGCAAAAAAUGAUAUAACAACUUGCGUAGAACAAAUGGUUUUUAUAUUUAUCAAAUGUCACAAAGAUCACAGAACAUUAUGUUUUGGAUAAAUGAAAGUUAUACUCAAAUUUUCAGCACUAAUAUAUUUCGGUGAAUUUGGAAAAAAAAACCAACUCUAAUAUAAUGUUUUAUAGAAAGACGGGUCAUAAAAAUAACAUAAUUUCAAGUUUUGCUAACUUAUUUUUUUGUAAAAAAUAUCGAUAGUUCAAUUUAUAAAACUUUUCAGAUUAAAAACCUACGAUGCUUCCGCAGAUGGCCGAAAAACAACAGUAACCUACGAUAAUGACAAUUUUCAUUGUCACGAUGAAAUUUCUCUUGAAUCAAAUGAAUCUAACAAGCGAGGUAUCUCUUUGAUCUUCACAAAUAUCUAAAAAUCUUUUGAACUUUUUUUCCAGCCACUCGGGUACUUUGGCUAACUGUUGCGUUGUGCUUAUUUUUCAUGAUAUGUGAAGUUUUUGGUGGAAUUUUAGCUGGAUCACUUGCGAUUGUGACAGAUGCCGCACAUUUGGUAAGAUUUUGAAAAUUACAAUUGUUUGAUAUUGAACAGGAAACUUUUCAGCUAACUGAUUUUGCAUCCGUAUUGAUCUCAUUGUUUUCAUUAUAUAUUGCCAGACGAAAACCAUCUCAAACUAUGAGUUUUGGAUUUCAUCGAGCAGGUUUGUAAAAUAAUGUAAAAUAUUUCUUUUUUACAAUUCUAGAUCUUUUUCAGAAGUAUUGGGUGCAUUUUUCUCAGUUUUUCUUAUCUGGAUUGUUACUGGAGUGUUGGUUGUUUUAGCUAUAUUACGGAUAAUUAAUGGAGAUUACGAAGUUGAAGGUGGAAUUAUGGCAAUAACUGCUGGUUUAGGAGUUGUUGUGAAUUUGGUUAUGUUGGCAUUAUUAUAUUUUGGUGGACAUUCGCAUUCACAUGGUGGAGGAAGCUCACACUCUCAUGGACACUCUCACGGAAGUGGUUCUGGUUAGUUUAUGGGGUUUUGCAAAGAAAAAAAUGCAAACUUUGCAACAUUUUGAAGAAAAAAAUGAAGAGAAAACAAUAUUUUAUUGCUUUAGAUAAGAAUAUCAACGUUCGAGCCGCUUUUAUUCAUGUUCUUGGUGAUCUUCUUCAAAGUAUUGGUGUGUUGAUUGCUGCUCUUUUCAUUUAUUUUGAGGUUAGUUGAAUUUUGUUUGAAAGUGUUAACAACACUUCAAAACUUUUCAAGCUCAAAAUAUUUUUCCCUCAAUUUCAUAAAAUAUUUUCAGCCAUCUUGGGUGAUUAUCGAUCCAAUUUGCACACUCCUUUUCUCCGUCAUUGUACUCUGCACUACAAUUUACAUUAUGAGAGACGCCCUAAUCGUACUAUUAGAAGGUACGUGACUCAUUUAAAACUAAGCUGUAAACAAAGUAAUGUACCAAGAAAUUUGGUGAUAAGAAUUUGGUCAAAUUUCCGGAAUCGCUGCAGUGGUUAAUAGGCUUUGUGGAAAAUUUUAAAGUUAAAUUUUUCACAAGGAUCUCAAAUAAAAUAUUGGCAAAAAAUACAUCAUAAUUAUUUUUCCGUUAAAGAAGUACUAACACAAAACAGUAAGCGGUACGGUAUUCUUAACAUGUGUUAUUUAUCAAUAAUCAUAUCUAAUUUCUCAAAAAAAACCCAGGAAUUUACAAUCCCAUAGUUAUUUGCAGGUCGUCCAAGUAACAUUGAUUUUGCCAAAGUCUUCUCCUCACUUGAAGAUAUUGAAGGAGUCCGAAAAGUUCACGAUCUCAGAAUCUGGUGUCUCACAAUGGACAAAAUUGCGUUGAGUGUCCACCUUGAAAUUGAUUCAAAUUCUCAAUCUCAAGCUGUUUUGCGAGAAACUCGACACAUGCUUAAACAAACAUAUAAUGUUCAUGAAAUCACAAUUCAAAUCGAAGAAUUUCGACAAAACGGGGAAGAUUGUGAUAAAUGCGAGAUUCCUAAUAAAUAA